CUUGUGCAAGAACGACCAUUUCCCAACCUAAGGUUUAGACUCAUUAUGAAUCAUCCUAUUCCGACAGCAGCGUAUCCACAAUCCGCCUGCCUGAGGGCCUGUCGAAUGAGAUACUUGAGUAGAUAUAAGACCUCAAUAACGAUGCUAGAGAGAAAUAGACACAUAUUAUCCAGGUGUUUACAAAGCUUCACCUGUUCCUGCCUUUUUUUACACAACACCUCGGCCUACCAUGAAAGCCUUUCGUUUCCUCGGCCCCGACAAAGGCCUUGUUCUCCAAGACGUCCCGAUCCCCUCUCCGGGCCCUAAACAGGCCCUCAUCCGCGUCAAAGCCGCCGGGCUCUGCCACUCCGACACUCAUGUCCUGCACGGCGGCGGCGCAGCAUGGAUGUGCGCCCUGCCCGUAACGUUGGGUCAUGAGGUCUCCGGUAUCAUUACCGAGCUAGGCAACUCUUCAACCACAUCAUUCAAAAUCGGCGACCGGGUUGCCGUAGCCUGCGUGGGCCAUCCAAUCCAAGAGAGAGAAUUUGAGGAAGCCCUCGGCAUCGGCUGCGACGGCGGGUACGCUGAAUAUGCACUUGCACCAGUCAAGAAUCUUGUCAAGAUACCGGAUCAGGUUGGCUUCGCUGAAGCUGCUGUAGCUACCGACUCCGUUGCAACUGCCUACCACGCCGUCGUCACUGAGGGCCGGGUAUGCGAAUUGCACACGGUUGCUGUCAUUGGUCUAGGUGGUCUAGGAUUGAACGGGCUGGCGAUUGCGGCUCACCGUGGUGCCAGGGUCUUUGGAGUCGAUAUCAACACGGACAAGUUUGAACACUGGGAAUGUGAACGGACGCCUGUACACCAUACCCCGACUGACAACUUUUGAAGACAUCAACAUCGUACUUAUACUUGGAGAGAAUGGAUCCAUGAAGCUUGUAAGGAGCCUGAGAUAGUCUACAGAGAAAUGAUUAAAAGAGAGUUGAGGACAUGGAUGCAUCAUGUCACCAACAGCCAAUCCUACAGCAGUUUCCCUAACCAACUUACGUUCUUGUGUCGCAAGGCAAGC